UGGUGAUCGGUCCCUGUUCAAAAUUUUGGCUCCAAAUCAUUUUCUUGGCGGCUUUAUUUUAAUGUUGUUGUGUUUUUAAUAUAUUUGUUAUUAUCUUAAAAUGGGAAAACCAGGAAAAGGAGAGAAAAACCAAAAUAUACAGGUUGCUGUUCGGUGCAGGCCUAGGAAUCAACAUGAAAUCAAGCUUGGAUCAGCCAAUGUUGUUGAGGUUAACUUACCUAUUAAGGAGAUUACUGUACGGCAAGAAAUGAAUUACAUGGAUAAAGGGAACAACAAGACGUUUUCAUUUGACAAAGUUUUCGGGCCGAAUUCACGUCAAAUCGAUGUUUAUAAGUCAAUGGUUUGCCCUGUUAUAGAUGAAGUUUUGCAAGGAUAUAACUGCACUAUCUUUGCUUAUGGUCAGACUGGCACUGGAAAGACCUUCACAAUGGAAGGUGAGCGCACCAAUGACUGUGACUUUUCAUGGCAAGAUGACCCUUUGGCUGGCAUCAUACCAAGAGCAAUGCAUCAAUUAUUUGAACAACUUAAUUCUAUGGAGGAUUGUGCUGAAUAUUCUGUCCGUGUUUCAUUUUUGGAGAUUUACAAUGAAGAGUUGUUUGAUUUGCUGGGUAACAGCCUGGACACACAAAAAUUAAGAUUAUUUGAAGAUACAACAAAGAAGGGGUCAGUAGUUAUACAAGGCUUAGAAGAAGUUAUAGUUCACAGCCGCAAUGAAGUUUACACUAUUUUGGAGAAAGGUGCAGCAAGACGACAGACGGCAGCUACAUUACUUAAUGCUCAUUCAAGUCGUUCGCAUUCUCUAUUUAUGGUUACAAUCCAUAUGAAAGAAAACAACAUAAAUGGUGAAGAAUUUCUUAAAACUGGCAAGCUCAACUUGGUUGAUUUAGCAGGAAGUGAAAAUAUUGGUCGAUCUGGUGCUAUAGAGAAAAGGGCAAGAGAAGCUGGAACAAUUAAUCAGAGCUUGCUAACACUUGGCCGUGUUAUUACUGCCCUUGUGGAAAACGCACCACAUGUUCCCUACAGAGAGAGCAAGUUAACUCGAUUAUUAAAAGAUUCCCUAGGUGGCCGAACUAAAACAUCUAUUAUUGCAACUAUUUCUCCUGCAGCAUGCAAUUUAGAGGAAACUUUAAGCACCUUGGAUUAUGCUCACAGAGCAAAGAACAUAAUGAACAAGCCGGAGGUCAAUCAGAAAUUGACAAAGAAGGCAUUGAUUAAGGAAUACACAGAACAGAUUGAGAGAUUAAAGAAAGAUUUGGUUGCUGCACGUGAGAAAAAUGGAAUUUUUAUUGCAGAAGAAAACUAUUUAGAGAUGCAGACUCAGUUAGCAUCACAAAAAACUAACCUUCGAGAGUACAUAGAUAAAAUCCAGUCCCUUCAAGAUGAAAUGAAAAAAGUCGAAGAGUUGUUUUCUGGUACUCAAGAAAAACUGGAGAGAACCACCCACGAACUGAACUGGACCAAACAGCAUCGCGACGAAACACAAGAGCUUGUUUCGAAGCAUAAGGAAGCCGAAGAGGAGUUGUUUGGACAAGCGAAUGAGUUACUUGACACUGUCAAUGAAACUGUUUCUGACACGUCAUACUUACACUCGUCUCUGAAUCGAAACAAACAGCUUCAUUCUCGAAAUUAUGAAUGCAUCAAUACAUUUAAGGACAAUGCGAAAACUAGGUUUUCGAAGCUUACAAAUCAUUUGCAGGAUAGAGAAGAAAUUCAGAAGAUCUAUCAUGAAAGAAUUAACAAGGAGUUAGUGGACUUCAAAACAUCAAAAGUUACUGCGUACAAAGAGUUGACAAAAUCCAUCAAUACAGCAAUUGAAGAUAUGAACAAGAAAGUGGAAACAGUUCAGCUUAAUCAAAAGUUGUUUGAAGCAGAUCAUGAAGAGAGUGUAGAGCUCUGUAACAAGACAAGCGAGCAGUUCAAGGCUAAAACAAUCGAAACCAUUCGUAGCUUUCAAAAUGAGCAAUUUGCCUCUGUUAUGGAGAAAGUUCGUUCCUGUAUGGCACAGAUGAAAGAACAUGAUGAGAAGCUUUUGUGUGCUAUUUCUAACAUGACUGAAAAUUUCUGUUCAUGUUUAAACGAUAUGAAAGAGCAGCAAUCCAAAGAAUUGAGUUUACUUCAUAACUCUGUUCAGUCACACACUUGUCAACAGCAUCAAGCAGUUGAGAAGUUGUCGUUAUGUACUGAAAACGCAGUGACAAGUCAGAAAUUCAUGCAAAACCAAUUACAGAACGACUUUCUUCUGAGUCUUCAAGCAAGCAUAGAAGCCGUCACAAAAGAGAACUUCGCAAAACUUUUUGCAGCACAACAAGAGCAACUUCAAACUGACACUAAUCAGAUGUUAACUCAACUCACAGAGCAAAAAAAUGUAACAGAAAAUUUCACGACAGAUAUGGACAGACGUGUUCAGUUAUUUAAUGACUCUAUAUCGAAAUGCCACAACGAAACCGUGUUGGAAGCUAAACGAAGUUCCGAGUCUGUCACUGCUGAGAUCAGAGAGAUGGGUACGUGUGUUACUGCUUUGAAUUCAGAGCUUGACGGAUUAGAGUUAAACGAAAAAAAAUUCGAAGAACAACUUUUAAAUAACGCAGAAGCGCAACAUAAUCAUAUGCUAAAUAGUAACAACGAUACGCGUCAAAAACUGAAAUCGUUUGUUGAAGCAACUGGAAACAAACUUAACGACGUGCUCACAGACAAUAACAACUUAAAAGACAGCUGUGCCGUGAGAAUCCAAUCCGAAGUAGACUCAAGCAGCAAUAUGUUAUGUAGUAUACAAGCCAACCUGGAUCAGCACAACUCGCAGGACGUAGAGUGGAAUACAGUGCAUACUGAGCAGUUGUUCUCAUUUGAGAACUACUUGGUUGAAUUUGUAGAGGAGGAGAUCAAAAUAGAUUCACCGACAGGUCUUACACCUGAUCAAAAGCAGUACAGUUAUCCGCGUGUUUUACGUCGCACUCAAGAUCAUCAAAAAAUCAUCGACGACUACCGACAACGCCAUGGCAUUCCACCGCUACCCGAGAUGACGGAAGUGGAAGAAGGUGCAGAUGAAAAUAAGGAUCGUACAAACGAUGGUUCCUUUAUCGAAGACAGUCCUUUUGAGGAUGAUUCUGAUGAGAAAGAAUCACCACUACUUCAUAAUGUAGUUCAAAAAAUCAAAUCGGCGUCUACAGCAUCCCACGUGUCGUGCGACAAAGAAAAUAUUAUACCGUCUAAAUUACCGUUGUCCGCAUCUAAAGUUCGUCAGGAGCGACCAAGAAUACCGCUGCGAUCGGCUAAUACUCUUAGUUAGAUUUUAUGUUAUAUAUUGUUGAAAUUAGUGCAAAAAAAUUAUAGUAUUUUCGGCAAUGGAGUUGGUUCACAAAGGUUAUUUUUAUAUUAGUGGCAGAUUUAUUCUACACCAAACGUGAUAAUAAACCAGUAGAGUAUCUUUUCUUCAUUUUAUCAUUUUUCGUGUAUUUCUUAUUACUGAAAAUAAUCAUUUUGCUUGUACGGUAAUUGGAAAGAAUAUAUAUAUUUGCGAAAA